CCACUUGGCACACUCUUCAGCCUCGUGGCAAGUGCUGGUGCCGCCCCGGAGGCACAGCCUCCGAUGCCCAAGUACUACGUGGACAGUCCGCUGUGCCAGAUGCCCUACGUGGAUCCCUUCAGUCGCGACGUGAUGGCGAUUUACACCAAGGACAAGGAAAAGGCCUGCCACAACGACAGCGAGCUGGUGACAGCCGAGUACGAUCCGAGGCUGGAGCAGUACCGGGUGCACACGCGGGGCGAUUUGGCCAGCAAGAUGGCCAAGGAGAAUGUGACGCUGGAGUGUGGCUAUCAGAAGAUCUACAGGGACGAGAAUGCAACGGAACCCGACAAUACAUACAAAAUGUCAAAGAUGAUGCCCCUGCCCGAUGAUCUGUUGCUGCCCAAGGACGUGGAGUACAUAGCCACGCGCUGCCUGCUCAACAGCAAAAACCACAAGUCGAAAAUCACCCAAAAGGACGCCCUGACCUUCGUCCAGGAUCAUUUGAGCUACGCGGACCUGGUGCGCGCCUUCCGCCUGCUCCACGACGAGGAGGAGCCCAAGCCGCAUGUCAUCAUCCUGGGCAUUGACUCCACCUCGCGCAUCAACCUGCGUCGCACCAUGCCGCAGGUCCUGCGCUUUCUCCGGGAAGUUCCCGGCUGGUUCGAGAUGGAGGGCUACAACAAGGUGGGCGACAACACGCUGCCCAACCUGCUGGCCCUUCUCACGGGCGACAACCACGUGGAGGGCCUCGAGGGGGAAAAGUUCAAGGUCAAGGGCUACAUCGACAGCUUGAACUACAUCUGGCAGCGGUUCAAGGAGGCGGGCUACACCACCGCCUACGCGGAGGACUGCGAGUCCUUGAGCACGUUCAACUAUGAGAAGCCGGGAUUCAUCAGAAAACCGGUCGACCACUACCUCCGUCCGUUCGUGAGGGCCAUCGAGAAGACCCUCAGGCUGGAGCGUCGACACGGCAUCGUCUUCUGUGUGGGGCGCCACAUGAGCUCCGGCUACGUGUGGGACUUUGCCGUUCAGUUCGUAGAGCGCUUCCUCCAAAGGUCGCCCAUGUUCGGGCUCUUCUGGAGCAACAGCUUCACGCACAACAGCUUCAUUGGCGCCGCUGCCAUGGACCAUCUGCUGAGGGAGUAUCUGCAGCUGUUCCAGAAGCUGGGGCUCUUCAAGCGCUCGAUUGUGCUGCUGGUGAGCGAUCAUGGCUAUCGCUUCGGCGAUAUUCGAACGCGCACCAGCUCCGGCUACCUGGAGGAGCGUCUGCCCAUGCUGUGGCUGUACGCGCCGCCCUGGUUCCACCAGAAGUAUCCCCACUACGUGGCGAAUCUCCGGAAGAAUCGCAACCGCCUCUCGUCCAACUACGACCUGCACAUGACCCUGCAGCAUCUGUUGCAGCUAAACACCGCCUCGCCGGAGGCUUUCGACCCCAGACUCAAGGCCAAAAAGUGUCCCAGCUGCCAGUCGUUGUUCUUCGAGCUCCCCGAGAACCGCAGCUGCUCGGAUGCGGGAAUCACCGAGAAAUGGUGCACCUGCCACCCCGCCACAACGGUCACGAACCGCACCCACUACGAGGCAGUGGCGCGCGCUGUGGUGCAGCAGAUGAACGAGCAUCUGGUGGCCAGGAAACUCACCAAUUUCUGCGAGAACUUCAAGCUGAAAGAGGUCAAGGUAAUGGAUCGCAAGCAGAUCCUGGGCGAAAAGACCGCAGACGCCGCAGAAGAAUUCUACAUCCUGAACUUCUCGACAGUUCCCAAGAAGCCGCAGUUCGAGGCCACCAUCCAGUGGAAUCCACAGAACAACACUCUCACAAUGAACGUCGACGAGCUCAGUCGCAAGAACUCGUACAAGGACACGGCCAAGUGCACGGACGAUCCCAUUGUGAAAAAGUAUUGCAUUUGCAAAAAAGGCGCCAAGAAACAUAAAUGAAGCAUCGAUUGUA